AUGGCCCCCUCGGCGCAAUUCGUGAACGGCUGCAAGACGUUCAUCCCUCUUGAGAACAACCCAGAUGUACUCGCCCACCUCUGCGAGAAUCUCGGAGUCGCACCCGGCUUGAGCUUCCACGAUGUUAUUUCUACAUCGCCAGAGAUGCUCGAGUGGAUUCCCCGUCCUAUCCAUGCUCUCGUAGUCCUCGCCCAUGACCCGAUCUACAAUGCGGCUCGUUCCGCCAUAGAACCGACGAUCCCCGAAUAUCAGGGCUCUGGCCCCGAUGAGCCGGUCGUCUGGAUGAAACAAACUAUCGGCCAUGCCUGUGGACUUAUGGCCCUUCUACACUGUCUCUUCAACUACGAAGGUGGACUCUAUGUUGCCCCCGACUCCGAACUGGAUAAACUCCGAACACGGGCGAUUGAAUUGGGGCCAGCUGAUAGGGCGGACUUGCUUUACAACUCGAAGUUCUUGGAAGAUGCGCAUAUGGAGGCUGCUUCUAGGGGGGUCAUCAAAUCCCCCUUCUCCCGCCGAUGA